AUGAAGUAUCAAAUCAUCGUGCUGGCUUCGCUGGCCGCCUCGGCAGCUGCGUUCCCGUCCAUGGCAACCAAGGAAGACCUCGAGAACCUGAUCAAGCGCAACCCGGAACCUGUCGCCAACCCCGAGCCGCAGCUUCUCGGAAUCAUCGAAUCUCUCACCAACACCAUCACCGGACUUCUCGGCGCCGUCGCACAAGGCACAUUAAACCCGGCCAACAAGCGUCCGGAACCAGGGUACGAAUUCAUCGCCCCUGGUCUCAACGAUAGUAGAGGCCCCUGCCCGGGGUUGAACCUGCUUGCGAACCAUGGCUACCUGCCCCGCAAUGGUUAUGUCAACCUUGGCCAGGUCCUCGAAGCCACUGCUCGUGGUUUCAACAUGGGCCCUGACAUUGCAACUGUCCUGGGUGUCUUUGCCGUUCUCACCGACGGAGAUAUCGCGACUGAGUCGUUCUACUUGGGAGCUGGUCCAGGGGGUGUCGGCGGUCUGAACAGGCACUCCACUGUCGAGGCGGACAUUUCUCCCAACCGUGAAGACUUCUACAACGGAUGCGGUGAUGCUCAUCAUGUCUCGUCUCGUCUGUUCAAGCAGAACGUCGAUAUCGUAGCAAAGAGCGCAACGAAGCAGUUCGACCUGACCAACAUGGGUACACAGUACCAGCAACUGUCCACGUUUUCACAAAAGAACAACCCGUACCUCUACUAUUUCCCCUUCCCUUUGAUCGUCUCUCUCGGUGCCUUUGCCUUCUACCCUAACUUCUUCAGCAAUGGUACCUACGGACUCGGGGGCGUUGCCAACUACGAGUCGAUCUCGUCCAUCAUCGGAGCCAAAUACGAUAGCACCACAGGCGAAUUCCAAUACGUUCCCGAGACCUGGCCAGCCAACUGGUACCGUCGCGCAACACCAUAUACCGCAGCCCAGACUGUGCUGGAGGGUCUCCUCGUCUACCUCCGCAACCCCGUCACCCCAGCCAUCCCGCAGCUCGGCACCGGAAACCUCAACGCCACGACUCUUCUCUGCGGUGUGUACCAGAGCAUCAACUCCAUGGUGCCGCUUUUCGUCGCGGGCACCACGGAGGAGGUGGCUGCUGCGACUACUUGGGCCAUCUCCAAGCUUGACCCUUACUUUGGCAAUACUGUUCUUGGGUGCCCGACCAGCGUUCUCUCACCGAAUGGCCCUAGCCUUUUGUUCCCCAAUGCCAGCAGCCAGGGCGGUCCGCUCAGCCCUCCCCCUAGCGUGGCUAAGCACGUUGGUAAUAACGUGUACUACAAGACGUACUUCACUUCAGCACCGGUUACUCCGGCAUGCUGA